AGACCAGAGACCAGAGCAAAAAUGGAUAAUGGAUCUGCUGUUCGGGCGUAUCGAGUGAUAUAAAAUUUGAAAGAUUUACUUAAAUAAAAUUUAAAACAAACAAGUUGUUAAAAUUUUAUAAAUAUUCUAAUAGAGCAGUGACUUAAAAUUUUAUUAAAAAGGAAGAAAUAAAAUAAAUAUGAUGUCGGAUCGCAAAGCAGAGUUGGAAAGGAAGAAAGCAAAGCUACAGGCGAUCAGAGAGGAAAAGGAACGACGUCGCAGAGAAAAGGAGCAAAAAGAUGUUGAAGAAGCUACGGUACGAGCAGCUGGUACUGAUAAAGACCAUCGUAAAGAACUGGAUGCCAUGCUUUCAUCUCUGGGAGUUGCUCCAGUAUCUGAUGUGCUGUCUAGUCUUUCGAGUAUGAACUCAUUAGCUUCAGAUCAAAGUGCCAAUGCAACUCCUGAUGCUAGUAUUCAACCAUCAAGUAUCACUUCUCCACAGAGUGGGGCAAUUAAGAAGAAAUCAAAUCGGGAAUUAACAGUAGUAUCAGUUGCCCACACAAACAUUCCGCCAAAAGAGCCAGUAGUUUACAGCAAACAAACGCAGACAGCGCAAACGACACAGACCUCCCACGACGGAUACUUUGAGACUGACUGGUGGCGUCCCAGGAAAGGUGGGUCUGCACCAAACUACCUAUCUCAUGCAUUCGACUAUUACGACGAGUACAAUCUAAAUCCUGGUUUAGAGUGGGAGGACGAAUUCACAGCCGAGGAUGAGGAGAACAGCCUGCCGCAUAUCGACGGUUUUCAAAGCAAACUACCGCCCGGUAUCCUGCCUCAUGGUCUACCACAAGUCAAGGAAGUAUUGCCAGCGGUAACUCAAGACGAACAGCAAAAGGAACCUGAGAAACCUAGAGAAAUUCGUGAAUUAAGUGAAGAAGAAAAACAGAUGAUAAUAUUGUCGGAAGAUUUUCAACGUUUUCUUGAUAAAACAAGUCGAUUAGUUGAACGUGCACUUGCUGAAUCUGUUGAUAUUUAUACUGACUACACUGGUACUUUAGAUGGUGAAGAUGGAAUGGAUGAGAAAAGUCAUCAGCGUUUGUGGUUGAAUCGUUCAUUUUUCUGCGAUCGUUGGUCACGAAACCGUUGUGUCACUUCCAUGGACUGGUCGCCACAAUUUCCUGAACUGCUGGUGGCUUCUUACAACAGCAAUGAAGACGCGCCAAAUGAUCCCGAUGGAAUAUGUCUAGUUUGGAAUACCAAAUUCAAAAAGACAACACCUGAGUUUAUUUUUCACUGUCAGUCGGCAGUCAUGUCAACAACUUUCGCAAGAUUUCAUCCGAAUCUUAUCCUCGGCGGUACUUAUGCUGGUCAAAUUGUCUUAUGGGACAACAGGGUGCAGAAACGUACCCCCAUACAGCGGACACCACUUUCUGCUAGCGCUCAUACGCACCCAGUUUACUGUCUGAAUGUCGUGGGUACACAAAAUGCCCACAAUUUAAUAAGUAUUUCAACGGAUGGUAAAAUGUGCUCAUGGAGUCUUGAUAUGCUGUCGAUGCCACAAGAAUCAUUAGACCUUCAGGCCAAACAGUCUAAGCCUAUCGCUGUUACCAGUUUGGCAUUUCCAUACGGUGACGUUAAUAAUUUUAUUAUCGGCAGCGAAGAUGGCACCGUUUAUUCAGCUUGCCGUCACGGAAUAAGAGCCGGUGUAACAGAAACAUAUGAAGGCCAUCAAGGCCCGGUAACGGGAGUAAGCGCACACGCGGUACAAGGUGGCAUUGACUUCUCACAUCUGUUCCUUACCUCGUCCAUUGACUGGACAAUAAAACUGUGGAGCUUGAAAGAAAACAAACCACUGUACUCAUUCGAGCACAACGGCGAUUACGUUUAUGACGUCGCUUGGUCACCGACUCACCCCGCGCUCUUUGCGGCGGUCGACGAUUCCGGGAGAUUGGACUUGUGGAACCUUAAUCAGGACACCGAGGUACCGGCAGCAAGUGUCGUCGUCGAUGGAUGUCCUGCACUGAAUCGCGUCUCUUGGACUCCCAGCGGGCUGCAUGUUACUGUUGGAGACGACUCUGGUAAAAUCUGGGUCUACGAUGUAGCUGAAAAUUUGGCACAUCCCCGCGGCGAUGAAUGGAAUAAAUUCUUGUACACUCAGCAAGAUUUGAAGAACAACAAAGCUGAUGAUGAGCUGGACAAACUUAAUUUGAAUUCUGGGCCCUCUAGUUUAACCUCUCUGUCAUCGAUGUCCUCAGUACCCAUCAGAUAAAUCGAGUCAUAAAAUGAAUUGUAUUUUAAUAACUAAUUACAGUCAAAUUAAAAUAUUAUUUAAAUUAGCUUAAUUAUUGUAAGUGCUAAAAAUCUGUCGCUCAUUUAUUUUCAAUUAAUAUAGAAUAUAAAAUUGACUUAUUUGUAGUUUUAAUAAACUACGAAAAAUUAUAACAAUAUUAUCAAUUAAUUUAAUAUUAAUAUCUAUGCUUGUGUAAAUACAAAUAAUUUUAUUUAUGUUAAAUUUUUUUUACAUCAAAAUUUCACUGCUAAAUAAAUAAUAUACAUAAAU